AUGACGACGAAAGAAUCCGAUGUUGAAGAAGAUAUGACCGAGCCCUUCACUUCGGUUUCGGAUCGUGAUAAUGUUUAUAUCAUUCAUCGCGGAAAACCAUCUAAAGAACAUUCACCUUUCGGAAAAGUUGCAACAAAACCAAGAUGGCCUGAAAAACUAUGGUCUACAGGUCAGGUUGUCUAUUCAAUCAAAAGUAAAGAUGAAUGUCUUGGUCCACCUCAAUCUCCAGAUGAUAUUACACUUCGAUUCGAUUCAAGAUUUGAAAGUGGCAAUUUAGCCAAAGCUUUAAAGUUAACACCCGAUUCAUAUCAUUUAAUACUCGAAUACGAUCAUAACGAAGCAGGUACAUGUCAAUGGUUUUAUUUCCGUGUAAGUAAUGUCAGAACAUCAAUGAAAUAUACAUUUUACAUUUCUGGAUUUCACAAAGAAACAUCUCUUUUCUCCACAGGAUUACGAUGCUUUAUGUAUAGUGAAAAAAGAGCAAGAAAUGAAGGAAUUUCAUGGAUGCAUUGUGGCUCAAAUUACUCGUAUUCAGUUACAUCACGUACUAAAUACAAAGGCAAGCGUGCUACAGUUCAAUUUACUACAAAAUUUCCAUAUGACGAUGAUAUUUGUUAUUUAUGUUACGCUCUUCCAUACACCUACACAGAUUUGAACCAUAAUAUACAAAUCUGGGACAAAAUGGCCAAGCCAGGAGUGUUCCAGCAUGAAAUAUUAUGUCAAUCUCUUUGCGGAAGAGAUGUUCCUGUUUUAUCAAUUACUUCACCAGACUCAAGCAUCCCGUUAGCCGGAAAAUCAUGCAUUUUCUUGACAGGCCGUAUCCAUCCUGGUGAAUCCAACGGCUCUUUCGUUCUCCACGGCUUAAUCGAUUUCUUAUUAUCAGAUCAUCCCGUUGCGAAGUAUAUUUUAGACCAUUGCAUCGUCAGAAUUGUUCCGAUGAUAGGUGUCGAUGGCGUUGUCGAAGGAUCCUACAGAGUUUCGCUGAUGGGCCACGAUUUGAACAGAAUGUGGACAAAUCCUAAUCCAGUUCUUCAUCCGGAGAUCUGGAAGACCAAGAACUUGAUUGCGCAGACCGCCAUGGAAAGACCUGUUGUUGUUUACAUUGAUUUCCAUGGUCACUCUUCACUUCACGGGACAUUUGCCUACGGAUGUCCAAAUACAGGUGACACAGGUCUUAGAGAUGCCGAGAAAACUCUUCCCCGCCUAUACGCGUUCCUUUCUGACGCGUUUUCAUGGGAACAUUGCGUAUUUACUUUUCCGAAAGACCGAAAAGAUGCAGGAAGAAUCGUCGUGAGACGCGAGAUGGGUGUCGUACAGAGUUUCACAAUAGAAACAAGCUUCGGAGGCGUGAAAGCAGGUCCUUACGCCGGAAUGUUGUAUGAUGAGAUACUUUGGAAGAAAUUGGGAGCUUCCUGCGGCGAGGCAAUCUAUCACCUGUUGAUACCAACUGCAUCACCAUUGGUAUCAUACGUAAACAAAGAAUUGGUCUAUUUCAUGCCAAGUAAUAAAAGUGACAGAAAACAGGAAGAUGACAAAACCGCCGUCCCUGUCAAAUUUGCUGAGAGUAAUGAUGAAAAGGAGAUUGAUUUGUCCCCACUGCUUAAGGAAGGAAUGGAAGGAAAGACUUUGAAAGUUAAAAAACCGGAUUCUUAUUUCAAAUUUAACGUUGAUGAUAUUGCAACAACACCACCUAAGGAGGUUUAUCCAAAGUGGAAGCCAAUGGAGUUCAAUGCUUGA